AUGACAAACACUGAAAAAGAUAAUUUGUUGCUGAUUCUAGGAUUCGAUUCACUCGAGGCUACUGCGUCUCUGAAAUAUAACCGCAACAAAAAUACUCUCACCACUGAGGUUGUCAUCCCCGACUACGAUGUGGAAGCAGGCAUUAGGCUGGCUGUAAUUGAGAGUGAUGCCAGAGGAAAGAAGAUGAGAGGUAUUACUAUUGAUGUCACCAACAGGAACAUCCCACAGCUGGCUCUUGUAGGACAUACAAGACUUCAUAUGAUGAAUGACGCCAUGCUGCAGCUACAGAUGGUCAUUCCCAUUCUAAAAACUGAAGCCUCUGUCACUGCAACCAUAAAGAAGGAUAAGGAUGUGCUCAUGGACUUAGUGACAGCCAUCAACCUCCCUAAGACAUCCUACCAACAAAAAGCUUCCCUAAAAUUUGAUGAUGACAAGUUUGAGGUGGAACUGAAAUCUGACAUGAAUAUAGAGAUUCAUAAACUGAUCCCAAGUAUAGUUGAUCAUCACAUGCAGCUGCAACAACUCAUUGAUCAUAUCCUGGACCAGACAGUGGCAAAGACUGAUAUGAAACUGCGUCACAUAGUCACCAAAGGAAUUGAGGCAGGUGAUAUAUGGUUGGACAAACUGACAGCACGCAUCCCCUAUCUUGUAAAUCUGCGAAGUAAGAGAAGCAUCUCAGAUCUGAACCUGCCAGCUUUGCCAGAGAAACUGUUUGUGCUUUCUGACAGCUUGUUCCGAUACCAAUUCAACAAGGAUAAGAUGGCCAUCUCAAUUCCUCUUCCACAUGGAGGCAAAACGUCAGAAGAGCUGAACAUACCAACAACUGUUUCUAUUCCCCUUAUAGAUUUACCAAAAAUAGGCCUUAAUAUUCCUGCCAAAACCGUUCAUCUGCCAUCAUUCACUAUACCUCCUUUUUUGGAUUUGACUGUCCCCCUUCUCGGUCUGGUUGAAGCAUCCACCAAGAUCAACAGCAACUUCUACAGCUGGGAAGGUUCCAUCUCUGGGGGCAACAACACUGUGGAUGUCCCCAACUACAUUGUACAGUACAAGGCAAUGGCCCAAUCACCUUUCAACCUACUUUCAUACAAGCUUGAAGGAACCGGGAUGAUGUCAGGAAAAGCCAAUGAUAAUUUGAAGUACCUUCUGAAUAGUUCCUUCAGCCAUAGCCUCAUUGACACAAGCUUCAGUGUCUUUAACACAUUAACGGUAACAAACACAUUGAAUGCAAGAGCCAACUACAAGAUUGAAGCCUCUAGUCCAAUUGGCCUGCAAGCAUCUCUAUACUACUCUGCUAAGUCGACUUCAACUAUUGAUUCAAGUAAAGUCUCAGGAGAUGGCACAGUUGACGGAUUGCUCAAAAUAUGUUCAUUCUACACCAAUACCUCCUACACCCACAGCUAUAACGUGCGUCCGCUUGAGGGAAAAGGAAGAGGAGAUUCCAACCUUCACUUCAACUUGCCAUUCAUGGAAGUUCACAACAUGAUCCAAGGAGUUUACGCAAACUCUGAGUUGAACAUUGUGUCCAAAACCAAUGUCCAAAAGGAUGUCUUCAACCAUGUAGCAGACCUCAAGUAUAAAGAUGCUCAACUGACCCUAAAGUGCAAUGCAGUUGCCUCAGCAAUGGGUAAAUCACUCAAUAACAAAGUUGAGCUUGGAGUGUCCAGUCAAAUGGCCAUCCUCAGAAUUGAGUCACAGGCAGAUGGUGACUCAAAUAGAGCAUUUUCACUUAUAACAGGAUCCCUGGAUUCAAAUGGUCUUGAGGUCAACUCUGAAGGUUCUCUCACAUUGGACACAGGUUGUGGAUUGCACAAAGCUUCUGUUUUGGUUAGCAGAAAUGGUCUGACCACAAGUGGAACUAACAUCAUUCAGUGUAGCCCUGUCACAGUGGAGAAUACUUUCAGUGGUGCCAUUGACACCAAUGGAGCAUCCCUUUCCUCCGGGGUCAAAACAAUGGCUAUGGAGUGCAGGGGAGAGCUGAACAUUGAAGUUAAAAUCACAGCUGCUGAAGCUUCUUUGAAUGGUGUCUUCAAGGGCCAUGCAUAUGACGCAACCACAAGAAACAACAUAGACAUUAUUCUGAACCGAAGGGCUCUGGCCUUUACUAGCAAUACCAUGGGGACAUUCAAGCAGAUGAAUACAGAAAAUAGCCACACACUGACCCUAACUUUGUGGACCCUAGCCCUCCAAUCCAAGACUAAAAACUUUAUCUGUGAAGAUAUGCACUACAAGCAAGACACUAGGCUUGAGCCAAUUAAGAUGGAUCUGAGUGGAAAUAUGAAGGGAGCAUAUGGAGAAGAACACAACAUUAAACACACCUAUGAGCUGAGUAUUGACAAUAUGGCUGGUAAAAUGAAAUACAACAUGUCUGGGAAUUUAACGGAUGCCCAAUACUAUUCGCACCAUGGCACAGCCUUUCAGGCUCACUGUUGA